GAGCGAGUUAUCAAUCAAGCAAUAUAAAUAAUCACCCUUUUCUUGUUCUGAAUGUCAUCUUAUUACCAACAUUACACGAAGGAAACAAUUCUCAGUACUUGACCAGAACAGAACAAAACUUGUUAUUACAGUAUUAUUAUUAAUAUCAAAUAACGUGCAAAUAAAACAUAACCAUGAGAGCUGACCUUGACAUUUCUGAAACCAUACUCCCCAUGAAAACCUCUCUUAACAUAAUAAUUUAAAAAAGAAGAAAGAACACUUGAGAUACAAAUCACUAGUAAUGUCAAACCGGCUAAACCCUCGAUUUAGGGUUACGUUAACCUUUUCGAACCUCUAUAAAAAAAGACCAUCCACUAUCAACGAAAACAACAACCCGAGAUUCACAUAAUAACACAGCAUAAUAUACAUCAAUCAUGGUUCGUCGGUUUUUAUCAGUUAUUCUUGUUCUUCUUCUUACAGUGGCUUUGGCCGAGGCGCAGCCUCGUAAGCCGAAGAAGGUGAAAUGUAGGGACAAGAAGUUCCCUCUCUGUUACCACAAGCAACUUUUAUGCCCCGACGCUUGCCACCGCGACUGUGUCGUCGACUGCAAAUCUUGCCUGCCUGUCUGCACUCCUCCGCCACCGCCCCCACCUCCUCCACCACCUCCGCCCCGUAGGGUGAGGUGUAGAGAUAGAAACUUCAGACAAACUUGUAACAAGGAUUUCAUUUGCCCCUCCACUUGUCCGAGGACUUGUGUCGUUGAUUGUCCUUCUUGCCAGCCCAUUUGUGCACUACUCCCUCCCACCCCGAGUAACGCCCCUCCUCCUCCUCCGGCGGUGGUGGUCACUCCUAACUCUCCUCCUCCUCCGACGGUGGUUACUCCUAGCCCUCCUCCUCCUCCGGCGGUGGUGGUUACUCCUAGCCUUUCUCCUCCACCUCCUCCGCCAGUGGUGGUGGUUACUCCUAGUGCUUCUCCUCCUCCUCCUCCAGCGGUGGUUGUGGUUACACCUAGCCCUCCACCCGAUAGUUCGGAAGCUGCCGGAGGAAAAAGAGUCCGCUGCAAAAACAAGAACUUCCCCAACUGUUUCUUGCAGGAGCACCGCUGCCCCGUUUCUUGUCCCGAUCAAUGCGAGGUUGAUUGUGUCAGCUGCAGCCCCGUCUGCGAGUGCAACAAACCCGGAGCAGUUUGCCAAGAUCCAAGAUUCGUCGGCGCAGACGGAAUCACUUUCUACUUCCACGGAAAAAAGGAGAAAGACUUUUGCAUAGUCUCCGACAAAAACCUCCACAUUAACGCCCACUUCAUCGGAAAGAGAAACGAGAACAUGGGGCGUGACUUCACUUGGGUACAGUCUCUCGGAAUCCUCUUCGGGACCCAUCGAAUCUCUGUCGCCGCCAAAAAGACCGCCACCUGGCAAAACGGCAUCGACCGAUUGGAUCUCUCCUACGACGGAGAAUCCAUCUCCCUCGACGAAUCAGAAGGUGCCACAUGGCAGGCGGCGGAAUCUGCACAGGGAACAACAACAACAAUGACAAGAACACGCGACACUAACGAAGUGGUGAUUGAAGUCGAAGGCAAUUUCAAGAUUAAAGCGGCGGUUGUACCUAUAACCGAGAAAGACUCCAGGAUUCACAAGUAUGGGAUUACGGAGGAAGACUGCUUCGCGCAUCUCGAUUUGGGCUUCAAGUUUUUCUCGUUGACCGAUAGCGUGAACGGGGUUUUGGGUCAAACGUACGCGAGCAGCUACGUGAGUAGAGUGAAGAUGGGAGUCGAGAUGCCUGUUUUGGGAGGGAGGAGGGAAUUUGCUUCUUCCAGUCUCUUCUCCACGGAUUGUGCCGUUGCCAAAUUCGAGGGGGCACAGUCGAAUAAUUCUACAAACAGUUUCCAGUACGCGAAUUUGAACUGCGCGAGUGGGCUCGAUGGCCGUGGUGUGGUGUGCAAGAGAUAAUUCAAUUCGUCUUCUCUCAAAUAUUAUUUAUAAUGUAUCUGUAACAGUGUAAUAAAGGCAGCGGUACCAAGAGUCGAGCUUCUGCCAUGUUUCUUUAAAGUCAUUAUUGUACGGAUUCUUGCCCAAAAUAAGCUUAUUUAUACGAUUAUUUGAAUAAAUCAAUCGGAUACAGAGUAAUUACUUGAAAUAAAAAA